AUGGCCUCCACCGCCGUCUCCCUCCUCUGCUCCACAACCUCCCCGUCCUCCAUAUUUCCAUUCAAUCCCACUCUUCCCGCCAAAUCCUCAUCUCCGGUCAACUGUCUCCCCGCCGCCGAUGCUUCUUCUUCUUCAGGCAACUCCAAAGCAAACUCUAACCAAACUGGAUUGGUUUGCAGAAGAGGACUGGUGUUCACACUCACAGCCACACUGCCGUUGCUUCUUCCUCCUUUCUGGGAGGCCUUCACGGCGAAGGCAGUGGAGCCGGAUACAAGUGUGUAUGAGGUUAUGAAGGAAGAGAUUAGCAAAGUUGUGUCUAAAGGAAAAGCUGCCGGUGUGCUUCGAUUUGUGUUUCAUGAUGCUGGGACCUUUCAAUUGGAUGACAAUUCGGGUGGGAUGAAUGGUUCAGUCAUAUAUGAACUCGAUAGACCCGAAAAUAAAGGUCUUAAAACUCCCUUCAAGAUUCUAGAGAAAGCAAAGAAUGAGGUGGAUGCAGUGCAACCAGUAUCGUGGGCAGACAUGAUUGCUGUGGCUGGAGCUGAAGCAGUUUCAGUGUGUGGAGGUCCGACUAUCCGAGUUGCAUUGGGCAGACUAGACUCCAAGGAGCCUGAUCCUGAAGGAAAACUUCCUGAAGAAACUCUUGAUGCUGCUGGUCUGAAGCAAAGCUUUCAGACAAAAGGCUUUUCAACUCAAGAGCUGGUUGCUCUGUCAGGUGCUCAUACUCUGGGAAAUAAAGGUUUUGGAAGCCCAACUGUUUUUGACAAUUCAUACUUUAAAGUUCUUAUUGAGGAAUCCGUGUCUUCAGCAGGUAGUAUGUCAAGCAUGACGGGGCUUCCUUCAGAUCGCGCACUUCCAAAAGAUGAAGAAUGCUUAAGAUGGAUCAAAAAGUAUGCCGACGAUCAGAACACUUUCUUUGAAGAUUUUGAGAAGGCUUACAUCAAGUUAGUGAAUUCAGGAGCAAGAUGGAAGAGCUUAUGA